GUCCAUCAGAUGCCUUUGAAUGCAAGCGCAAUCGACUUCUUUCAACUGUUUGUCCCCGAUAACGUUGUCAGAAACAUGGUGGUUCAAACCAACAUGUACGCCAAGAAGUAUCAAGAGAGGUUUGGGAACGACGAAGGUUGGAGUGAUGCUACUCUUCCAGAAAUGAAAGCGUUUUUGGGAUAUGUGAUCUCCACUAGCAUUCACCACUGUGAGUCUGUCCUCAGCAUCUGGAGCGGUGGCUUUUAUAGCAACAAGAGCAUCGCUUUGAUGAUGACGCAAACCAGAUUUGAAAAGAUCCUGAAAUACUUCCAUAUUGUAGCAUUUCGCUCUAGCCACACAGCCCACGGGCUCUAUAAAAUUCAGCCUUUUUUGGACUGCCUCCAAAAGGCAUUUGAUACCGAUUUCAGGCCUUCCCAAACGCAGGUGCUACAUGAACCCUUGAUUGACGAGGAUCCACUCUUCAUUGCAACAUGUACAGACCGUGAAUUACGUAAAAAGAAAAAACGGAAAUUUAGCCUGUGGGUCAGGCAAUGUGCAGCAACAGGAUACAUCUGCCAGAUUUCUGUUCACUUGAAGGAAGCGAUUGGCUCUGAUGGGCUGGACACUCUGAAGAACAGGCCACAGCUCCACAGUCUGGUGGCUAAAAGUCUUUGUCAGAAUUUGACUGCAAAAAACAACAUUAUCUUUACUGGACCCAGCAUUACCAGCCUCAAUCUUUUUGAAGAGUUUGAGAAAAGAGGGAUUUAUUGCUGUGGUCUUUUGAGCUCCAGGAAAAGUGACUGUACAGGAUUGCCGCAGUCUUUGCUAGCCAACCCUGAGGUUCCACAGGCUCGCGGUCAAUAUAGAGUGAAAAUGAAAGGAAACAUGUCCUUAAUCAACUGGUCCAAUAAAGGACAGUUCUGCUUUCUCACAAAUGCCUACUCUCCACUCAAAGAAGGAACCAUAAUCCGAAGGCGGAGCGGGGAAAUUUCUUGUCCCCUAGCUGUGGAGGCGUUUGCUGCGCACCUUGGCUACAUUUGCAAAUAUGACGAUAAGUACAGCAAGUACUUUAUAUCUCACAAGCCGAACAAGACCUGGCAACAAGUGUUUUGGUUUGUCGUCAGCAUCGCUGUAAAUAAUGCCUACAUCCUGUACAAGAUGUCAGAGGCGUACCUGGUGAGGCGCUACAGCCGAGUACAGUUUGGCGAAAGACUUGUCAGAGAAUUGCUGGGGCUGGACGAGUAAAAGAAAGACGUUACUGGCAGCCGGCGACUGAGACAUCACCACUGCAUUUACAGGGCCACAUGCCACUUCUCACCUUCGUGUCAAUCUUAUUUGCCGUUGCUCAGCUUCUCACUUCUAAUUUGCAGCAAGCGUGAUUGUUAUACUAGCGACUGUGCUCCGAUUAUAUUAUACAGGAGAGCCACACAAGCUGAUUGUUUUACAAAGGCCACGUGUCAUUCCACAUGUAAUCUGGGCACUUGCUAUUGCAACACUCGGGAAGGGGUUGGGCUCAUGAUUAGUUGGUGGCAGUAACUAAAGAUUUUUUUAGUUGUGGCAAGCUGUCAUUUUGAGAUUUUUAACGUGGAGCACUUCAUUAAACUGGGUCAGUUACAACUCAUGAUUAGUUGCUGGCGGGAAUUAAAGGGAUGAUGAUGUAGAAGGUUUUUAAGUUGUGGACUAAAUUUUGUUUUUUUUUAAAUACUUGGGGAAAAUGCAGGUACUGUUCUCACACUUUUUAUAUAUAAGCUUUGUGCACAUGUCAAAACUGCUCGGGAGAAUUCCAUAUUGUUUUUAAACAAAAUGGCCGACAAUACUUUAAAGAGGGGAUUGUGUUCUGCACCACAGUGUCUUCAGACAUCAGGACAUCAGGCAUUCACCUCGGCUUAGCUUCACAUACACUUUGUGUCUUGAAUUUUCUGAAUAAUUUGGUGGAAAUUCUGGAGUUCAGAAAACCAAACUUUUUCAAAUUCAGACCGAAUUUCAGAAAUCCUCCACAAUCCUUACACCAUCUUAAAUCUUCAGAUUGAAAGUGUGAUACAGGCUAAGAUGAGGUGGAAUUGCGGAUCUCCAAUGCAAAAUUCCCUUAUAGUGUCAUUUAACAGAGCUGUUUUAGAUAUUGACAGUGACAAAUAUUAUUGUGCAUUCCGAAUGUUUACAUUGAAUUACUGUUGUGUUCUGAAUUCAGUUUACAGACAGUUAGAAAGUACUGCAACCAACUUGAUCUUUGAAUUUUUAAUUUACUGACUAUGACUAGAUACUUUAAAGUUUCUGUAGAACACUGAAAUGCCACAUUUAAUACCUGGAGCUGGAGGUGGGAUUUAAAACGAUGGGAUCAUGAGACAUUCAUUCCUAGGACCUAAAUAAUAGCAAAGUUUUAAGCACAGAGGCAUUCAUACCCACCCUUCAAUGGGUGAACUGUAAUAGCUCUCAGCUGGGCUGCUGGAUGGAGCAUUUUGUGAACGUGGAGUAAACCAUCGUUUUGUUGAAUCAAACCAACAAGACAAGUCCUGCCUCUCAGAGCUGAACCUCUCCAGGUCAGGUCAUACAGGGUUAUAUACACAUGAGGGAGGGAUGGAGAGGGGGAAUGUCUGUGUCAUCUGAAUCUUCUGUCCUUGUACCAAGAGGAAUGAUUGUCCCGCUGAUGAACUUCAAGGGAGAAAAAGGGUAUUUUUAAUUAAAGCUAUAUCCAGCUCUAAAAUUUUGGACUCAGUCCAAAACCAACACGCGGAGCGAAUCAGUUCAUGUGGGUCCACUUUCUGUUUCUUAUGAAAUCUUUGUUGAUUUUCAUAAAAACAAUGUAUGUGUCUCAAUAGAAGUGCCCUGAAUAUUAAAAUACUGUAGUAUUUAAAGUCCAAGAUGUGUGUUACAAUAAAGGAAAUGUGCCCCAAAGUGUCAAUUUACACUUGUGAAUGCGGGAAAUGUGUAUAUUAAAAUCUCAAAAUAUG